AUGAAGAAAAGAACGAAUGGUUCAAUUGCAGUUAUAAGGGCAAGCCAAAGAGGUAGUGAAGCAAAAGAGAGUUAUGAACCUUACUCUUAUUUUUUUAAUCUUCCAUACAAUGUCAUUGUUCACAUUUUUCUUCAACUUUCAAUUAAGACUCUUCUCAUUUGUAAAUGUGUGUGCAAAGAUUGGAAAACUAUGAUUUCAGAACCAUAUUUUUCUAAACUACAAUUUGAAUGGGCACAAAAUUGUUUUAUGGUUAGGACACUGGACUAUAAACGAGUGUCAAGAACCUUACAUCUUCUUGAGUGUGAACCUGAAAAGUUUGAGAUUGGAAGCAAUAGUCAAGCGAAGCUUGAACCUAUAUUCAAGCUUCCUCUUCGUGAUGCCAAAUCAUUUAAGGAGAGAGAAUACUCGAAUAAAUCCAAGCGUCCUAUUCGCUUAGCGAGGUUAUUAGCUUUAGAGAAAAAGAAAGAGAAUGCUAAAAGGGGUAAACAAAGCCUUUAUAUUGCUUCCAACAAAGAUCAUGAUAAGUUUAAUAUUGUGAAUUCUUGCAAUGGUUUGCUUUGUUUGUGUGAACCAACUACCAGAAACCCUCUAGUGAUUUGCAACCCAGUCACGGGGGAGUUUAUAAGACUUCCAAAAGCUUCUGCCAAGAUUCUGGUAAGAAUGCAGGUGAAAUCUGGUCUUGGUUUCCAUCCUAAAACUAGUGAAUAUAAGGUGGUAAAAAUAUGGAUUAAACAUGUUAAACAAGGCAAUGUCUGGGUGUUUGAUCGUGCAAUUCUUGAGAUAAACACACUUGGAACACCAUCGUGGAGAAAUGUUGAAGUGGAUUCUCAAUUUUCUAUUUCAAAGCUUAAGGAUCCGACUUAUGUUAAUGGCGCGCUUCAUUGGAUAAUGCUUGAGGGUUCAAUAUUGUGUUUUUGUUGUGAAAGUGAGAGGUUGCAGUCAUUUCCUUCUCCUACGGGUGUGUUUGGAAAUCAUAGUAAUGGAUAUGUUGCUCACAAGCAUAUUAGAAUGGGAGAAUUAAAGGGAUUUCUUUACGUUUGUGACGUGACUAAUUUCUCAAAUAUAACAAUGUGGGUUAUGAAUAAAUAUGGCAUUGGAGAGUCAUGGACUAAGGUUUACAGUAUUGACACUUUUGUCACCUCUAUGAGACAACCCGUUUUAUUGCGUAAUGGUUAUUGUUGGCCUAUAAAACAAUUUGACCAAGGUGUUGCCAUAUUUCUACAUCAUUAUGGUAAUUCUUUUAUAUACUAUGAACCUAAGAAGUAUGGAUUCAAAGUUUUCGGAAUCCAUGGGACUAGUUCACCUUUUUUUGAAGUUAUUCCACAUAUUCCAAGUCUAAUUUCAUUGACGGAUCUUGUGAAAGGAGAAAAUAUUGAGGUGUUGAAUAUCUACUCAAGGUGUGCAAAGUUUAAAUUGCGGGAAGAAAAUGAAGUUUUUUCCUUGGCUCAAGAGAUUGUUUAG